AUGCUCUCACGUGUUGCUGCAGUGAAGGCACCCCGCACACACAACCAUCGCCGCGUGACCGGAUCCAGCGGAAGGAGGAGGGAAGGAAGAGAGAGUGAGCCGCCGAGGCCCAACAUGUCGCGGCGUGUGUUUACUUCCGCGGUGCUGCUUCUACUUGUUGUGUUGGUGUUUUGCGGCACUGGUGGAGCUGCACAAGCUGGUGUGGAUGAUCAGUCGUCGAAUCCAAAUUUUGUAUGGAAGGACGUCAGUGAUGGUGAAACUGUGGAAUCGUUGAGUGUUCCCGGCCUUAUAGAAGUGGGGAGUGGCGUAUUUGCCGUUGCCGAGGCGCACUGUAAGAAGAAUGAAAAAGUCUUUACUGGGAUUGCAUCCCAACUACUCUCGAUGGAAAAGGGUAACGAACCGAAGGAAUUGCUGGAGGAUGCCAAAAAGGGCACGCAAGUUCUGGAGGAAGGUACUUCUGGAAAGGAGAAGAGAGUAGAUGUGGGCCGACCAACAACAGUUGUGGAGGGAAGUAAUAUUUACAUGCUUGUUGGAAAAUACUGCCGUGAAGAUGCCGCUAACUGUCAGGCUGACGCUGAGAACAUCAAAUCGGGAAUAUUGCUGGUGAAGGGUGAGGUCAGUGAAGGCGACAAAAAAAUUGAUUGGAAAACUACUGACGGUGUACCGUGCACUCUAGGCGAGAAAGAAAACUCCUUGAAGCGACUGAUUGGCGGUGGCGGAUCGGGUAUUAAGACGAACGACGGUACGCUUGCGUUCCCAGUGGAAGGCACGAAAAAGGAUGGCGCGGAAAAGGAUGUGAAAACCGUUUCGCUGAUCAUAUACUCCUCCAAGGAAGUAACGAAUUGGACGCUGUCGAAGGGGAUGUCUGCCGAUGGCUGCAGUGAUCCCUCCGUCGUGGAGUGGGAAAAGGACAAAAAACUCAUGAUGAUGACUGCGUGUGAUGAUGGCCGCCGCAGGGUGUACGAGAUCGGUGACAAGGGGGCGUCGUGGACGGAGGCCCUCGGGACACUCUCGCGCGUGUGGGGAAACAAACAGGAUAAAAACGUGAAACUCGUUAGAAGCGGGUUCAUCACAGCGAAUAUUGAGGACAGGGACGUGAUGCUCGUUACUCUGCCGGUGUAUCCCAAGAAUACUGAGAAAGGACAAGUUAAUGAAAAGGGCGUACUCCACCUUUGGCUGACGGACAAUGCGCACAUUGUUGAUAUUGGGUCGGUGUCCGGUGAUGACGUUGCCGCCAGCUCCCUGCUGUACAAAAGUGGAGAUAAUAAGGAGGAGUUGUUUGCACUGUACGAGAAGAAGAAGGGCGAUGGGGAGCCAUCACCGCUCGGUAUGUUCUCCGUGCUUCUGACUGAGCAGCUGCAGCGGGUGAAGAAGGUGCUGGCGACCUGGAAGGAAGUGGACGGCCGUGUCUCCAAGCUGUGCCCCUCUGAGAAUGAUGAGCAUGAUUACUCAACUACCAAUGGCUGCAGCACUGUUAAGAUCACGGCUGGGCUGGUUGGCUUUUUGUCCGGCAACUUCUCUGGUAACAAAUGGAGGGACGAGUACCUCGGGGUGAACGCCACAGUAACUGGUGAAACAACAGGGGCAACAACGGCAACAGUGGCAACUGAGAAUCCCGAUGGCGUGACGUUCCGCGGAGCGUGGGCGGAGUGGCCCGUUGGCAGUCAGGGGGAGAAUCAGCUGUACCACUUUGUGAAUUACAACUUUACUCUUGUGGCGACGGUAUCCAUCGAUGGUGUGCCGAAGGAGGGUUCUAUUCCAUUGAUGGGUGCGAAGCUGAAUGACGAUGGGAAGACUGUACUAUUGGGACUGUCGUACAACAAAGAAAAGAAGUGGCGGGUGCUGUGCAUUGGCGGAAAUACCAAGGAUCUCAGCAGCACUUGGGAGCCGCAGACACAGUAUCAGGUGGCCAUUGUGCUACGGAACGGCAGCCAGGGCUCCGUGUACGUCGAUGGUAAGCGUGUGGAAGGUAUGCCGUUUGAUUUAAAGGAUAAAGGCUCGAAAGUUAUCUCACACUUCUACAUUGGAGGGGACGGAGGUGCAAAAGGCGUCUCAGAGGUCCAAGACGUGUCAGUGACUGUGAAGAACGUCCUGCUGUACAACCGUCUGUUGGGUGACACUGAGCUUACAGCGCUUAACGCGAAUAAAGUCCCUAUUUCAGUGCCGGAGGAUCGGAACGAAUUGGCGGGAGACACGGUUUUACCAGCGGUAAGUGGAUCAGAUUUGGAGGGAACCGUGUCCGUGUUCAAUUCUGCCGGGCAAAAGCCGUUGGAAGAGGAGCCGUUGAGGAGAGUUGAUGGUGCGGAUGGUGGCGGUGUAUCCAGUGCAGCUUCCAUUGCUACGACUCCCUCGUCUGAUGUUGACCAAACGGUGGCGACAGGGAGUGGAGAUACGAUGCGGGGAGAUGGAUCACCCCAAACUCCUGAGGUGGGCGUGAGCUCUGGUGUGGAUGAGACGGUGGGAGGAACGGAUGGGCAGAGAGAGGAGGGAAUCCAUCCACAGGCCGGGGAAUUAAAUGCCACGGCACUCAACAGCAGCCUCGGACAUUUUUCGCAGGGGAAUAACAGCGAUGGCGGCACUGUGCGUGGGAGCGGACUGCCGCCGCUGCUGCUUCUUCUUCUGUUGGGACUGUGGGGGUUUGCGGCUCUGUGA